AUACCAGGGCUGGUGAUACAACAGAAAGAAGUUUGUCAGAAAAACCCGGAAUCUGUUUAUUGUAUAGGAGAGGGUGCAAGACGAGGGAUUUUAGAAUGUCAAAAACAAUUUAAAUUUGAACGUUGGAAUUGUACAUUAAUUGGAAAUAAUACAGUUUUUGGACAUGUUCUAAGUAAAGGUACAAGAGAGGCUGCUUUUAUAUACGCCAUUCUAAGUGCUGGUGUGGUACAUUCUGUGACGCAAUCCUGUAGCGCGGGAAAUUUAACAGACUGCUCUUGUGAUAUGAGUAAAUAUGGGCGGGAAAAUAAAGGGGAGGGAUUUCAGUGGGGUGGGUGCUCAGACAAUGUGGAUUAUGGUUUAAAAUUCAGCCGAGGAUUUGUGGAUGCUCCUGAAAUAGUCAGACACGAAGAUUCGCGGGAUAUUCGUAAUUUGAUGAAUUUACAUAAUAAUGAAGUCGGCCGACAGAUUGUUGAGAAAAAUAUGCAGUUACGAUGUCGUUGCCAUGGUGUCUCGGGAUCAUGCGCAGUGAGGACGUGUUUUAGAAGUCUUCCGAACUUUAGAAAAGUUGGAUUAGAACUAAAAGACAAGUACGAAAAGUCAGUGAGAUUAGCUCGACGUUCGAGGAAACGUUUACGCCGUAAGGACAAAACAAAACGUAAACAGGGCAUUUCUAAACAAGAACUUGUGUUCGUGCAUCGUUCGCCGAAUUACUGUAAAGAGGAUAUUAAGAGGGGUAUAUUUGGAACGCGGGGCAGGGUUUGUAAUCGAUCCUCCCCCACCGAGGAAAGUUGUGAUUUACUUUGCUGUGGUAGAGGCUAUAACACGCAGGUGGUCAAAUACGUCGAACGUUGUCAUUGUAAAUUUUUCUGGUGUUGUUACGUCAAGUGUAAAACUUGUGAAACGAUGAUGGAUAUCCAUACUUGCAAGUGA